ACGUUGGAUCGAACAGUUGUGGGCGCUGCAAGGAUGUCCGAUAUUUUAAUCACAGUAGCCGGAUUGAGAGGGUAGAUGUCACAACAAUUCAUGGUUAGCUGGUGAUAGGGACCUUGCCAUACAAUAAUGGUUUUGUAUUGUUGUUUGUUGAUGUCGUGUCGUAACAUUAGAUGAGAAUUGGAAGGGUAAGAAGAUUUCUGAGUUCUCAACUAUUUGCCUAUUUGGUUCUUGAUCAUACGUGCAAUAUCUGCCCUUUUCCCCCGGGUGCUCCUCUUGGAUUUACUGCCCUUAGUGGAGCAAAUUGAAAUGAUAAGGGAGCAGCAGCUGAUGUCUGAUGAUGGUGUUUCUUUCCUUUGACAUGAUUUCAUUAACUCUGUUUUGGCCUUUCACUAGCAUUGGAUUCUCCAUUGCCAUAAUUCCUUUCUCAUAUUUUGCCUUUCCACUAUGGACAGGUUACUGCAACUUGUGGGUCAGGGUGGGGGGAGCAUUGAAACAGUUCUCAAAGGCUCAAUGAAAGCUCCAAAGACUUUUCACAGUGGUUUGCUCUCUGCCGCAAUAUAAGGGUUUUGUUAAGUUCACAAAAUGCAGGGGGCCAAUGCAAGGUAAAUUGAUAACAAGAAACAGUUCUUGUACUUCCUUGUGUUCUUCUUUUGCCCCUUCUGUUGUUUUCUUUUUGUCUCUUUUGAGGUCCUCUAAUGGUAGUAAACAAGGAAGGCCACUGGGAGAAGUGAGCAAUCAAUGAUGGGGGCCUUCGAUUUACGCUGUGGGAUUCUGCUGUUUCAUGCCAUUAAUGAAACAAUGCUUUUCAUUGGGUGUUGAAAGGGUAAAGUUCAGAUCUUUGCAAUGCUAUUUGCCAUUUAUGCAGUCACUUCUCAUUUUGGUAUUUACAGUAACAGUCCCAGAGUAACUGUAUUCCAUUUCUCUGGUGGGAGUAAGUUGUUAGUAGUUGAGUAACCCAGAGUUGACGAUAACUGUGAAUUGCAGAUGAGUUAAGAUAGAAAUAUGGUCUCUCCUUUUUCAGGCAUGAGAAUGGAGCUUUCAGAAUUGGGGGGACCCAACCCAUGUUAAUGUAUGGUGAAACUUAAUGAAGGGCGGUUCUGUAACACUGACUGGCAUCAGAAUUGAUUGAGAGAUGGCUUUAAAUGCUUGAUUGGUAGUGAUAUUGGGGCUGAUAGAGUCAUAUAGACAAACCCUCCUUUGAAGAAACUUUGUGAAAGUUGUUUGUUCAUCUUCCAUGUGUCCCUCUUACAUCUCCAUUGCUUAACCAGUAGGGAACUUCAAUCCAUUACAUACUUUUUGUGGUUAUUAGCAGAAUAUCUGAGUUGGAGGAGCAGAUAUCUCAACUCCCGGAUGAACUGAAGAUAAGGUCAGGUAAAAAGGAGAUUAUAAGGAGAGACCAUGAAGAGUCAGGUAAACAAGGAUAGCAAGAAAAUGGAAGCUGCAGGCAAGGCGGAGGCUAAUGAAACUCUGCUGCAACUGGAAGCAGCCAAGAAGACUGUUGAGUCGCUCAGGUUCCAUGAAGCUGAGAUGGUUGAGAUUGCUGCGUUGAGAGAAGAGGUCUCCCAAUUGAGAUCCUUGCUGAAGGCUAGUGAUGAGGAGAGGAGCAAGGAAGAGAAAACUCACAGUACCACGCAGCGGAGGGAGGCUGAACUUGAGGCCGAGCUGCAGCAGGCUAAAGCGUGCAUCGAGGAGCUGAGAGCCGAAAUGAUGGAUAAAGAAACUGAAUUGCAAGGCAUCUCGGAGGAGAAUGAAGGCCUGAACGUGAAGUUGAAGAAGAUUGAGUCAUGCUGCGACAAUAAACAGAUGAUUGAGAGAGAGAGUACUGUUGUGGUAACUGAUGGUAUUAUGGCAGACUUGAUGGACAAGGAAACGGAGCUGCAGAACGUAUUGGAGGAGAACAAGAGGUUGCAGAUGGAAAUGAGUGAAAGGGCCGCCGAGGGAGAAGCAGCAAUAAAGAAGUUAGAGGAAGCAGGGGAAGCAAAUAGGGAGAUGGAGGCAGAGGUGAGGAGGGUGAAGGUGCAGUGUGAUCAGUGGAGGAAAGCUGCAGAAGCAGCUGUUGGUAUGCUUUGGGCAGGGAGCAGUGGGAGGUUUAUGGAGAGAAGUAGGUCGUUGGGCGGGAAGUAUGGGGGAAUCCAGUCACAUUACGGGGAAGAGAUGAGUGAUGAUGAUGUUUUGUUGAAGAAUAAGAAGAAGAAUGGGUUGAAGAAGAUUGGGGUUAUUUGGAAGAAGCAGCAGUAGUACUUAGGCUACCUUUGGGUUUGGUUGCUCCAACUUGAAGUCCUUUUUGAUGAAUGUAGCUAAGAGAUGAGAACCUCUGUUGGAAGUCUAUUCUAAUGGCUGUAUAAAGUGUGGUCUAUGUCACGUUGUAAUUUCGUUAAUUGCAUCGUUGUGUUGGGGGACUUCAUUAAUGUAUUAGAUGAGGUGGAGAAUCAAAAAUCUGGUUUCCAUGUGUAAUCUGAGAAUAGCAGUAGUCUAUCGCAUUGGCACAAACACCCCUUCUCCCAAUUUGGUUAUGAUUAUAAAGUAUUGUGAUUUAGGGGUUGUUUGGAAGUUGUGAUUUUUCAAAUUGAUGUAUUGGGUCAAUUAGUGUAUUAUCAUUUGAUGUAUUUAAUCAAUUGAUGUAUUAGACAAAUACUUUGUUUGGAGGUUUAGAUUGUGUUUUUGUUGUAAAAGCAUAAAAGUUAAUUUGAGUGAUUGUGAACAAUCUCAACAAAAAGUAGAGAUUCACAAUCCCUCAAUUUUGAGUGAUUGUGGUGGGGCCUCCAAAAAGUGAAUGCAUGUAUUCUAGUUCAAUAUAACCUAAAAAAACGACUUAAUCUCACAAAUACAUGAAUUAGCUCAAUACACCAUUUGAAAUCACAACUUCCAAACGACCCCUAAGUAUGUUCUAUCUUGAUCCAAUCAUCAUAAAAUACGGAACGCAAUUCGACAAUCAUUAACAUGUCCCUUUCAAUUUUUUAUUAUCAUUCUAACAUAUAUUGUGAUUUAGUACGUUCUAUAUUGAUGCAUUUCACCAUACAAUACGAAACACAAAAUCCUAACAUGUUAGGGCUUUCUAUCGACAAUAUGCAUUAGAACCAUAACCUGAUUCGUCCUGCUAUUAUCCAACACACAAAUUGAGUCGACGUCCAGUCAAUAGACAAUAGCUUAGCCAUUUGCCCAUUCCUUUUUCUUUUCUUUUGAUAGCAACAUGUAUUACUUAUUAUUGACCAAUGGAAGUAGUUACAUUUUCCAACUAAAGUUGGUCAAUCAGGAAAAUCGGUGGUCUAUCUAUCCAGACUACCCUCUCAUCCCACCUAGUUUCGGAAUGUGCCAUGACAUGUGCUGCCAUAUUUCCUUUUCUAUUAACAUGUUGCCAGCUCGCAAACCCAUCAAAGAGAGAUACCUUCGUGUACUUCGACAAAUGGUGCCCGGCUCUGAAAGAAUGGACUUUGCUCUUGUUAUCUUCUCCACUAUAGUUUGGUUGUCGAUUUCCAGGACCGGGUUGUGCACGUGAUUCUGAUACGCCACUUGUGCUCCGAAUUCCGCAGCAAGAGCUUCAGCUUCCUCCACCGACCAUCUUCCACUCACCCGUUUGGCAACAGCCAUCACAAAACGUCCCUCUGAGUAACGAACUACCAUACCAAGACCAACGUCCUCAUCACCAAAAACUCUUGCAUCUGUGUUAAUUUUUACUCGACCCAUCUCUGGUCGUUGCCAUCUUUCCUCCUGCACGUCGACCCGUCCCGGAAGUUCAGUCCUCUACUGUUGAUUGUGAUAGUCUUGGAGGAAAGCUAGCGCGCGGGGGAUGAUUUCAUCCUCAGCAAGGCGAUGUUCGUUAAACAUAUGUGCAUUCCUUUUCCGCCAUAGAAACCACAAUAUGGCACACCAGACAACCACUUCCUCAUUCACCUUCGUGUCUAGCACCUUGACAACCCAUUCAUAGCAGUCCUCCCCACUACGACAUGUAAAUAAAUCUGCAUACUCAUU